AGUAUUUCUUUAUCUUCUCCAGCUCAGACACACACACUCACACAGACACACAGUAGACACAGUCCAUUUUUCUCUCUCAAAAUCAACCAACAAGAUGAUGAACAACAUGUUUACCACUCCUUUGAACAAGAAUUGAAUCAAGAAAUCAAAUUACCCAGAAAAAUUCCUGUUUGGGGGUUUUGGGUUUACCCAAAAUCUUCAAAAAAUGAGCUCAAAAAUCUUGUUUUUAUUCACCAUUUCUGUAUCAAUUUUCACUCUUUUCUUGCCGACAAACUCUGACAUUGUUUCCGAUCGAGCUACCCUUUUAUCUAUCCGAUCUGCUCUUCGUGGACGUUCACUUUUAUGGAAUAUUACAAGUCCGACUUGUUCAUGGCCUGGUGUUAUUUGUUCACCUGAUAAAUCUUCUGUUUUAGAGCUUCAUCUACCUGGAAUGGGACUUUUAGGCCAAAUCCCACCUGGGCUUUUCUCAAAUUUGACUAAAUUGAACUUUCUCAGUCUCCGGUAUAAUGCACUUUCCGGUGUAAUUCCGGCGGACUUAUUUACUUCACUUCAUGAUUUGCGUAACUUGUACCUUCAAAAUAAUCUAUUUUCCGGUCCAAUUCCUGAUUCAAUCUUCUCUCUUACCAAUCUUGUCCGGCUUAAUCUUGCUCAUAACAAUUUCUCCGGUUCAAUACCGGAAUCUUUCAACAAUUUGACUAGUUUGGGUACACUUUACUUGCAGGGAAAUGGGUUUUCGGGUCAGAUACCGGAUCUGAAUUUACCUGGUAUGGUUCAGUUCAAUGUAUCGAAUAAUCAGCUAAACGGGUCAAUUCCUAGUAAACUUGCGGGUCAACCCAAGGAUGCUUUUUUGGGUACUUCACUUUGUGGUAAGCCACUUGAUUCAUGUGAUGGUAGUAGUAGUAGUAGUAUUGGAGAAGGUAAAAAGAAGAAACUUUCUGGUGGAGCAAUUGCUGGUAUAGUAAUUGGUUGUGUUGUUGGUUUGCUUUUGCUUCUUUGUUUGCUGUUUUUCUGUUGUAGAAAAAGGGGUAAAAAAGAAACAAGAUCUGCUGAUGUUGGUGCUGUUAGUAAGCAGGUUGAAGUUGAAAUGCCUGAAGAAAGAGGGGUUGAGAGUAAUGGUGGAAAAGAUGGAUUCUUGGGUAGUGCAAUUGCAGCUAUUGGUGUUGGAGGGGGUAAUAAGGAUAAAGGUAAAGCUGAGGCUGUUGUAAAUGAUGGAAAAAGUUUGGUGUUUUUUGGGAAAAUGGCUAAAAAUUUCAAUUUGGAUGAUUUGUUGAAAGCUUCUGCUGAAGUUUUGGGAAAAGGGACAUUUGGUACUGCUUAUAAAGCUGCUUUGGAAUCAGGGAUUACAUUAGUUGUGAAGAGAUUGAGAGAUGUUACUGUACCUGAGAAGGAGUUUAGAGAGAAAAUUGAAGAUGUUGGGAAAAUGAAUCAUGAGAAUUUGGUUCCUUUGAGAGCUUAUUAUUAUAGCAGAGAUGAGAAGCUUCUUGUUUAUGAUUACAUCUCAAUGGGAAGCCUUUCUGCACUUUUACAUGGCAACAAAGGAGCAGGUAGGACACCGUUGAAUUGGGAAACAAGGGCUGGCAUUGCCCUUGGAGCUGCACACGGGAUUGCCUACCUUCAUGCACAAGGGCCCUCAGUAUCACAUGGCAACAUUAAGUCAUCCAAUAUCCUCCUCACCAAAUCAUACGAGGCCCGUGUUUCAGAUUUUGGCCUUGCUCAACUCGUCGGUCCAUCAUCAACUCCCAACCGUGUUGCAGGUUACAGGGCACCAGAGGUAACUGACCCUCGUAAAGUCUCCCAGAAAGCAGAUGUCUAUAGCUUUGGCGUCUUGUUGUUGGAACUCCUAACAGGGAAGGCUCCCACACAUUCGAUAAUGAAUGAGGAAGGUGUCGACCUACCAAGAUGGGUGCAAUCAGUGGUACGAGAGGAAUGGACAGCCGAAGUCUUUGACCUCGAGCUCCUUAGGUACCAAAACGUCGAGGAGGACAUGGUCCAGCUAUUGCAAGUUGCAGUUGAUUGCACUGCUCAGUACCCUGACAGACGCCCUUCAAUGGCCGAGGUCACUACUCGCGUUGAAGAACUCUGUCGUAUGGAUUCUGGAGGUGGUGACAUAAUUGACAAUGAUGCAGAAGUGCAAACUGCAUGAAAUUGAACAAGAAAAAAUAGUUCCAUCACAUUAUUUCAA